GGUCCCCGUGCAAAAGGCGCUUCUCCGCGGAGAGGCGCGAUGCCGGCGGUUGGCGCCUGGGGGCUCCGGGCGGUGCUCUGCUGUGCUCUGCUCUGCGUGCUCCGCGUGAUCCCGAGCCAGGCAGGAGAAUGCAAAGAUCUGGAGUCCUGUGAGAAAUGCAUUGAAGGAGCAGCAUCCCUGAACAUCACCGAUUGUGUGUGGAUGCUCUGCAGAGAAUCUAAGGAGAAGCAAGGUACAACGGCCAGCCCUCUGCUAACUGGUUCUCCGGAGUUUCACCCUGCAGGCUUUGACUCUGCAAGCUUCAUUGGCGGGAUUGUCCUGGUGCUCAGCAUCCAAGCUGUCAUCUUCUUCGUCAUCAAGUUCCUCCGAUCAAAGGACAGCACCUAUCAGACACUGUAA